GUAUAAAUUUCAGGUAUAUGCUAAAGAUUUCGCCCCUUGGUCGCAGUUCCGUCUAGCCGAAGGACCACCAUGCCCAUGAUACAAUCUAAUGAAGGGAGUUUUCCCUCAAAUUUCUCUCCCCCUGCUCGACUGUGCGACAUAAAAGAGUAAGCAGAAUCAUUCUCUUUCAUGCGGUGCCCCUCUUGUGUGCAUCCCACUCUAUCCACUUUCCACUCUCAUUGAAGAUAUUGAGGGAUGUGGGGGGAAAUUCUAAAAAAAAACCCACUAAAAAGAAACAAAACCCAUUAACAAGUGCCCGGUUGGUAAGCGGGUUGGGGCGCCGGCCGAACGGCCGAAAAACAAAAGAAUCUCCCGCACACGAAAGCAUCGUAAAGCAAGCGGACGAUGACUACGGCGCUGGUGGAAAAUCGGCUGCCCGAGUGUAGAGUCGAGAGAGCCGUCGUGGCCGUCCACGGGCGUGCUCUCGCACCGUUGGGAAACGAUGAAAUACCACCGACCGAAGAUUCGGUCCCAUCCCGACUCGAAGAUGGAAACACUUGACGCGGCACAGUGGUGGCGCUAGGAAAAAGUGUGCCAGGCGAUAAAAGAGUAAUGGUUUAUUAGGUCGGGACGAGUUUCGGGAGAGCACCGGACACGGCUGACGAACCGCUGCUAGCGUAACAGCCACCACUGUAGCUAUAUGCAGCUCUUCGCGCUCUGGUCGCCUCGAGAGUACGGCUUCCUUGAGAGUCUCCUCGAACAUCUCGAGACAGCGGGACAGCACGCGAAUGCGCCGAGGCGCGAAAACCGAUGACAAUGCGAAGCGCCGCGUUCCGUUUGGUACGCCGACCCGAUGCUGCUGAUGCUGGGUGCGUGCGUACCGUGCCUAUCAGAGGACACAGUCCUGUCAACGGAGUCACCGGUGCAAGAUAACGAAGCGUGUGCUGCUGCUGCUACUCGCUGCUCUCGUGUGCGCGUGAUUUUGAUCGUUCGUGCUUAAGUACUGUUCACUUGCGUUGUUUGAAAGUUUGUUAACGAAAAUACGUCCCCCUGUUAGCACUGCUCGUAAGUUGGUGUCGAUCGUUUUGUGUAAUUGUCAUUAGUGAUCGGUAGGAAGUGGUUUGCUUAUAGCUACACGAAACGUAAAAGAUGUUUUAUUCGAUAGGCCUCGAUCGAUGAUUGGUGGUGAUCAUACCGUGAAAUUUCAGCUCCAAUAACGUGAAAUAGAACACAAAUUCAACGAAAAAAAAAACACUCAUCACAAAUCACCCCCGAAACGAUGUAUCACGCACAGCAUUUGCAAACGCAGCAGCUACAACCACCAAACCAGCAGCAUACCUCCCAGCAACAGCAAGAUCAAGUGCGAUGGAAAGUGAAAACUCCGAUGCACUCUCCGCAGAGUACUUCCGAAGCGUCUCGCAAGCAACCCUACCCUCGGCCACAGUAUUACGCCGAAGCCGAUUCGAUAGGAUGCGUGGAAGUGCUGGCGACCGUGUGCUCGAUCGUGCUGAUGGUGCUGACCCUCCCGAUCUCGCUGUUCCUCUGCUUCAAGGUGGUGCAGGAGUACGAGCGGGCGGUCAUCUUUCGGCUCGGCCGGUUGCGGUCCGGUGGGGCCCGCGGGCCCGGCGUGUUCUUCGUGCUGCCCUGCAUCGACAACUACUGCAAGGUCGACCUGCGUACCGUGUCGUUCGAUGUGCCGCCGCAGGAGGUGCUGACGCGCGAUUCCGUCACCGUGUCGGUCGAUGCCGUCGUGUACUAUCGCAUCCGCGACCCGCUCAACGCGGUGGUGCAGGUCGCGAACUACAGCCACUCGACGCGCCUGCUGGCAGCCACCACGCUGCGCAACGUGCUCGGUACGCGCAACCUGUCCGAGCUGCUGACGGAGCGGGAAGCGAUCUCGCACUCGAUGCAGGUGACGCUGGACGAGGCCACCGAUCCGUGGGGCGUACAGGUGGAGCGUGUUGAGAUUAAGGACGUUUCCCUGCCCGACUCACUGCAGCGCUCGAUGGCGGCCGAGGCGGAGGCGGCCCGGGAAGCCCGUGCCAAGGUGAUCGCGGCCGAGGGUGAGAUGAAAUCGUCUCGCGCCCUCAAGGAAGCGUCCGACAUUAUGUGCGAAAGCCCGGCCGCGCUGCAGCUGCGCUACCUGCAGACCCUGAGCAGCAUUGCGGGCGAGAAAAACUCCACGAUCGUGUUCCCGCUGCCGAUCGAACUGAUCGGACCGCUGAUGAACUUUACCUCCUCGCUGGGCGUGCAGCGCACGACUGCCCCAGUGCGACCGAUGGCACCACCGGCCGCACCACCGUCCACAACGACCAGCACCUCGUCACCGCUCGGCGAUCCGAGCCAGCAGCAGUCGUUUGAGUAGCAACAGCAGCAACAGCAGCAACAGCAGCCACCGAGGGUACACUUGCAGCGGCGUCACCAUCAUCAGCACCGACGACAUCAGCAGCGGCUUCCGCACCACCACCGGGCCCGGGAAGCUUCCGGGCCGGCCGGCGGAGACCGUAAGAUCGGACCCGGCGCGAUCGUCGGGUCGGCAUCGUCUUACUCCAUCUCCUCGGCGGAGGACUCUGCCCUCUGCUCUCCCACCAACCGUUUGGCACGAUUUAUUCUAGACCUGUAAGGGGGAGGAGGAGGAGAAGGAAAUGCUCGAACUCACACUCACACACAUACAGAUAUACAAGCAAACGACGGUCUACUGGUUGGCAGGAUGCAAAUACUUUUCCAUCCACGUUGAACGAGCCACAAUCAAACGAAUUACCUAGUUGUUGAUGUUUUAACAGUGUUAUCAUUUUUGUCAUUCUAUUAUCUUUUGAAUGUGUUUUAACGUACUCCGAACAUGAUUGUAAAUAAAAAUAAAUAAAAGCCGUAUUCGUACUAAAACUAAA